GCCCCCACCGGGCGCCGUGAGCUUUAAAGUUGGAAACUGAGAUCGUGAAAAACUGUAACUUGAUAUGACAAGAACCACUUGGUUAACCUCUCCGCUCUCAAACCCUCCCCCACUUUCGUUUAUACGGCUGAACACAUAGCUCCAUACUAUGCGAAUCUGACGAGCCAGAAAGAACCCACACAUUUAUCCUAGCAUUCAUCCUUGCAUCUCAUGUCCCAGACGUAUUCUGGGUCCUCGAUACCCGUGGGCUUCCAACAUCACGAGAAAAAGCACACCUCACAGACCGCCAUACCCACACAGCCCAGUACAUCUGGCUUGGAUGACGAAUCAUCGCUUUUGAACUGCGCGCUUGCGGGCGGGUUUGGAGGCGCGAUUGCCGACUCGUUGAUGCAUUCACUCGACACGGUCAAGACACGCCAGCAGGGCGCACCGAGCAUGGCCAAGUUCAACACCACCAUCGGCGCGUAUAGGACAAUUCUCCGUGAGGAAGGGUUUGCGCGUGGUUUGUACGGCGGGUACACCGCAGCGUUGGGCGGAUCGUUCCCAUCAACGGCAAUUUUCUUCGUAACGUACGAGUCCACCAAACGUAAAAUGAUCAAUGAGUGGGGUGUCAACGACUCGGUGGCGUACCUCACGGCGGGGUUCCUCGGGGACUUUGCAGCAUCUUUCUGGUACGUUCCAAGUGAGGUGCUCAAGACGCGGUUGCAGCUCCAGGGUCGUUACAAUAACCCCCACUUUAAGAGCGGGUACAACUAUAGGGGCUUGGGUGACGCAUUACGCACAAUUGUCACCCAGGAAGGGUCCAGUACGCUCUUCUAUGGUUACAAACAUACUUUAGCACGCGACUUGCCGUUCAGUGCAUUGCAGUUUGCGUUCUACGAAAAGUUCCGCCAGUUGGCGUUUGACUUCUCGAAACCGGCUGGCGCGCCGGCAAAGAUCCAAGACGCAGAAUUGUCGAUUGUGCACGAAUUGGCCACCGGCGCUGCGGCCGGUGGGCUCGCGGGCAUUAUCACAACGCCAUUGGAUGUGAUUAAAACGCGCAUCCAGACACAGAACCCGAACGCCACUAGCAAAACCGCGACUCCCAAGAGUGCAAAGCCAUCGCUCAUAACUACAACUAGUGUGACGAAAGGGCUCUUGAUGGUGUACCGUGCGGAGGGUGUGCCCGGCCUUUUUGGUGGGGUCGGGCCACGGCUUAUCUGGACCUCCAUCCAGUCAUCUAUCAUGUUGUUGUUGUACCAGGUGACGUUGCGCAACUUGGACGCGUGUUUCGACGGCGUGCCGAAGUUUGAAUAGUAUUCACAGUUUGUUGCAUUGUAUAUAUCGGACAUUGGUUCUAAUAAACAGACUGAGAAGAAUACGUAGAGGGGAUGGAGGGAUAUUCUAUUCUUUCGAGGUUUAUAAGAAGCCAUGCGGGGGGAGUAUAGCGAAAGUUUAGAAUUUUUUCAAUUGAACCGAGCUAAAAAGAGUGAGAGGCUUGGAUAUUUGGUCGAAUAUGCUGAGUGAAGUGUAAACUUCAUCAUGGCCUUAGAACAAAAGUUUUGUACUAGGAUCACUUGUAGGUUGGAUAUAGUUGAAUA